AUGAGAUCAAAUAUAUUAUCAUUUGGAUUUCAAAUAAAUAUUAUUAAGUACGAAGAUGAAAUAGUUUAUGAGUAUCAAUAAUUUAUUUUAUUCAUAUAGAUACAAACCAAAUAAAGAUAUAGCCGAAGAGUUUAUGAUGUGUGAUUUAUUCAUACCAUCUCCUUAUUUAAGAUAACAUACUAAAAUGAUUAAUAAGCAAUAAUUUCUAUUCAAAUUUGAGACUGAUAUAUUACUUUCAUCUCUGCAUUCAUAAGAUGAAAAUAGAUUGAAAAUGAUUGCAAGUAUUUCAAAAUAUUAAUAUGUAUAGGAUAGUUAUUGGAAGCCAUUUGGACCUUGCAUUAACAUAAUCUCCCUGGAAGAUGCUUCCAUAUUAAUAAUAUUUUAUGGAAUGAAAGAACAGAGAAAAUAACCUUAAUGGAGUUUGGCUUAUCAUCUCCUCUAAUAAUAUACCCUCCAGAAUUACUGAAUAAAAAAUAUAGAUGUUAUGGAAUUGAAAUUGAUUAAUUCUUAAUAGGUUGUAUACUUUAUCAAUUAUAUUUUCGAAAGCCUUUAGAACUAAAAGAAAACUGUUUAGAUACAUGUUUUCGUAAUUUAAAUAUGGAAUUAUCUAAAAUUCCUUCUUAAUUUAUAAAAGAUCUACUGAUUGGAUUACUUCAAUUUAAUUUAUCUAAACGAAUAUAAUUUAAAGAUCUUGCUAAACUACUUGGAAGUCAUUAAGAUAUAUAAUAAUUUUAUUCAACAAUUAGAAUUUACAAACCUAAACAGAAUAUAAUAGACUAAAAGAUUUUCUUUAGAGAAUCUAGAGAAAAUUAGAAUUCCACUUAUAUUCUUACUGAGACUGCCUUGAUGGAAUCUUUAAUUAUUCCAUCCCAUUAAUCUUUAGAGUCAUUCUAAUCAACAACAUAAGAGUCCUUUAGAUAAUCAAAUAGAAUUAUAAUUAUGGAAGACACAUUGAUGAAGUGCUAAUUAAAAUUAGAAUACAGUAAAUUUUAAAGUUUUAAUGAUGUGAUGAGUAUUCUUAAAGAUUAUAGUCAAGAUGGUGCUCCAGAAUUAUCUUUAACAAUAUUGGCACUUAAUUUUGGUAAAAUAUAUUUUUAUUUGCAUUUGAUAAAAGAAUUAGAAGAUGAAAAUUCUUCAUAUUUUUAUAAAAAUGAGGUAGAAAUGAAUUUAUGGAAAUUAUAUAGAUAAUAAAAUUGGAAAACAAUAAGUGAAGAUAUACAAAAAUUGAAAAUUACAGUAAAUCAUUUUAAAGUUUCAUUUAAUAGAGAAAAUGAAAUAAAAUGUGUUUAAUAAUAGGUUCUUUAGGGUUAAUCAGAUAAUUAAGAUUUCCUAGAAUAAUAGUUAUUUAAAAUUUAGUUUUUUAAUAAUUCUUUGAGUUAUUCAGACCAUAUAAACAAAUUUCUUGAUGGAUAUCGUACUUAAUGUUUAGCAAUAUUAAUUUCUAUAAAUGAAAAUAUUGAAUUUACAAUGAAUAUAUAAACAACUCAAAGAAUAAGAUAGAGUUUGAUAUUAUGUGCAUUUGCAGAUAUCCUAUUUAAACCAUAACUUGAAUGUCAUAAAAAGAUUAUGGAAAUUUUAAAAGUCAAAGAGAUUUCAAAAUAUGAGCAAUUUAAUGAAUACAUAAGAAUAGAUCCUUUCGGUUUUAGUGAAUGGUUUUAAUAGGCAAUUAUAUAUUUAAAAAAUCAUGAAAUAGGUAGAAAAUAUAUCUCAUAAUUGAAUUAAUUAUUAUGA